UGCUCGUGAGGUGUGUUAUUCAUCUCCUGAAGACGUAGGUAUAUAUACAAAUUGAUACUCAUCAAUAGGAAUGAUCGCGGCUAUUCGCCAGCCUGGAUAGCAUCCUCCACCCGGUAAGACUGUCGAGCUUGGGUGGGCGGGUUGGCUUCCUUCUCGUCGCAAACAGUAUGUGGGAUGUGCAGCCAUACCCAGAUUAUACCCAGAGAUAUAUACCCAGACAGCUUGCGCACAUCUUGGGCAACAUAAGUGACCGGGGGUGGGCUUGCCGGCCUACAUGCAAGCCCCUAACCUAGAUAGGAUAUAUGUCAUAUCGAGGCCAAGACUCGCUCCGUUUCCACGACGGCGAGGAUGAUGUAGAGCGUCACGUACGGGAAGCUCUUUGCGACUGCCCAUACACAUACUAGAGGAUAUCAUACGUACACGCGCACCGGCAUAUCUUGCGCGACAGCUUGCCUGGAGAAUCCGACGGCGCGCUGCGCCGUACCGUAUCAGGCAUGGGUAUUGUCCAGUGUAAUGCAUGCAUGAGUGCGUAUAGAUGCGCGUAUGGGUGGUGAGGUAUGCCAUGGUAGCUUUGAACGGGGCCGACCUCCGUCGUGGCACUCUCCAGACUGAGUCGAGUCCCGAGAGAGGGCCUGACGUAUAUAUUGUAUACACAGGUAUAGCACGCAUCGGAUCGAUGGUCUGAGGAUCGGAUAAAGAGGCGAGCGCAAACAUUUGUCGCCGUGGUCUGAAUUUGUGCAUGCGAUGCGGGCUUGGAGAAACCCUUUCCUCUCCGUCCUGCCGUGGGGCGCAAUCCUAUCGCGCGCUCCCCCAGGUCUGGAUGGAUGGUUGAAUUGGGCGCAUCUGUCUAUCUGGCUUGGUCGAGUACAUGCCUUGCGGAAUCUCAGGAGAGAGCGUAAUAUAACUGGGUAUAACCAGCUACCUAGUCACCCGGUCUUUCGCGAUCCAAACACCCGCGCGCGCACGCAGCACACACACACACACACUCUCUCUCUCUCUCAUUUAACUCCUGCUCUGGCGCACACGCGCGAUUCCCCUCGUUCCAGGGAGGUUUACCGGUCAGAUGGGCUGCGUAUGCAAACCUAUAUCUCUUUGCGAGCCUCCCCAUCUGGAGAUUGCACUUUUGCGCCGACUGGGAUUGACGCCGGAUACUACUGCGGAGGUCUCCAGAUUAUGCGCCGCCACUAUCGUUCGCUAGCGGAUACGUGGGUGUCACGUUCGAGACCAGGUUCUCUCGUCCGAUACAGAAGACCCAGUCGCUAUUUUCGCGCGCAACUUCUGUCCCGCUAAGGCGUGGGCCCUGCUGGAUGCGCCAGUUUGUUUGAGGCAAGGAUCUGGUCCUCGCGAAUGCCCAGCCAAAGAGACGGUAGGGUACGUACGCAGCAGAUAGGCACGGUGACCACUCGGAGAAGUCCCCAGCGCAUCCAGAAAAGAUACAUGAGGGUCUCGAGACAGCUAGGUGUGGGUGGGCUCGGCACGGAAGCGUCGUCGCACGGAGAAAGCGUCGCAAAUCCUCACGGCUGCGCCUAGGGGAUGAGGGAUGGGAGAAGAGACAUACCUACUCAAGAGAAUGAAGGGUUCGUGGACAAUAUACUACAUACAACGGCGUAGAUAAAAUACACACACGCGCACACACACGCACACACACCACACACACGCACGCACGCACACACACACACACACACAUAUCACAUCACAUUACCUGUUAUCAACA